AGCAGCACAUGCCGUGGCACAAAGUACGACGGCCAGACAGAUACCAUCCCGUUUACUAGCCGGAUGGACGAUCGCGCGAUACAGAUCGGUUCGAGCGAUCCGUAAGAAUCACAGAGAUUUUUAAGCACGAUCAGUUUCGGCAGCGAAUCCCGGGAGGACGAGUCUUAGUAUCGCCGAUGCCGCCUGUAGGCUGACGAUAUUAACAAGUGUAAUAACGCGCGUGGAUAAAAAAGAUCGAGACUCGCGAGGUCGGUGCACCGGUUCAAAAUUCAAUCGCGGACGUAGCGAACGAUUUAGAAUCGUAGAAUCGGCUGACAAGACGACAGCAAGUUCAGUGAAGAAGUGUGGAGAGCAUCAGUGAUCGCUACAAGAAGAAAUCCACGCGGAAGAGACCACCGUCCACCACCACGACAAGGGCAAGGUCGCGUUUCCUCUCUCGCACGGAAGCAGACCGGAAGAGCGGAUCCGUCGUUUGCCGGAAUUAAAACGACGUUAUGAGACGCGUUUAAUGUGCCUUCUCGGUUGUACCCAAGGUUAAUGCGUCGCACGAUGGUUGCUGGGAAAGGUAUUGGUCUGCUGUUCGUCUUCCUUACUCUGACAUGCGUUUUUUCUCACCCCUGGACGCCUCGAAACGAAGGCAGAAAGUUGUUCGGCGGUUACACGAUAGUACCGAAGGCAUGCCGGCCGUCGUUGCCGUCGCGCAUCAAGUCGAGCGAGCUGGCAAUAUGCAUGUUUAAUUACGAAUGCACGCGGCGUAACGGCGAGGUCGUCGGCGCCUGCAUGGACGGCUUCCUCUUCGGUGCGUGCUGCCAAUUACCGCCAAAGAGCUCGAUGAACGGCAACAACGAUCGGCCCGGCACAGAGGAGCUUCUUCACGUACAUCAAAUCGACCACGUACCCGAUAUACCUAUUCUUUUGAACCCGGACGGUACACCAGUUGGCAUGUCGAUGCCAACGAAUGAUGAGAUCACAAAGACCGAUAAGCCAAAUGUUUCGAACAACGGUGAAACGACGUACACGAAGAUCUCGAGUUCGAAUCAAGAUUCUUCGCCCGGCAUGACAAACAACGCCGAGAAAAUACAAUUGUCCGAACAAGCGGACGUUAGCCAUUUGGCCGAGAAUUUCCCGGUUCUUCUGGGUCAGCAAGAUGUCAUCGAUGAUCUGAGAUUGCCAGGAUUGUUGAUGCAUUCAGAUUCUAAUAAUGAUAUUCAUGAUCAUCAAGAUUCGUCGGCGGUGAAUCCAGUUACCACAUUGCUAAGUCCCGAUCAAAUUCUACAAAUAGCAGACCCGGUUGACCAACUUCCGGCAUUGUUCUCGCAGGGACUGAGCAAGAACAAUCACAGCGAUCCAGAGACGAUAUUAUUAAACGAGAACGGUACGGUGCUCGAGGAGAUCAACAAUCCGGACGAGCUCUUCCGUCCCGCCACUGAAAUGCCGAUCGAAAAGGUUACGCAAGAUGAGAGCACAUGGAUCAGAUUCUCAGAGCAACCUACGUCUUCCACGAUGGAAUUAACAUCCACGUCGCAAAUUCCUAAAUCAACAUCCAUGACGACAAAGAUGCCUGUGGCGACUGAGAUGUACACCAACGUGCAAAAGCUUACGAGCGAUCUACCAAGUACACAAUUUACAGACACGUUCGAGAAAAUGACUACAAUCGAGAAAAAAAUGUCUACAAAAAUAACGACAGAUUCAAUGAAGAUCGAGGCCACCACGCCGAUGACCACCUCCAGCAUGAAUGACGAGCUAAUAAAAGUACCGACCAUUAUAUACGAUCUACCGUUGGGCAACAAAAAAAAGGAUGACGUUCUUGACAAAGAAGAGAUCGCCAUUAAUCACAUAAUUUCCAUCUUGAACGAUACCACGCCAAAUUCGGACGUAUCGGUGACUCUCCCGGUUCCCAAUUCUUCGCCGGUUCAGGCCUGGGUGAGCAUCGACGAGACCUCAAAGCCGUCCCAUCACGUGAAGGUCAGUUCUUCGAAUUAUCGACCUACAACGCCCGCGUCUUCGACCUUUCCAUACAGCUUCUACAAACCUGGUUCCAUGAAACCUAAACCUUCCUCGACGUAUUAUAACUACGAGCUUGUACCCACCGAGACGACUUAUCCAUCGCAUCACUCGACCUCCAGCAGUCCGUACAAUUCACGACCAUCCACGCAAACCUAUUCCGGCACUUCCAGCAGCAGUUUCGGCUAUUCCGGCAGUCGACCUACGACGAAUCCUCCGGCGCCAACGGUGAUAGUUCUCGGGCCUCUCGGAACGGGCUUUACCACGCAAACUACUCAGAAACCUGUUACGCGAAAGCCCUCCGGCGUGACUACGAAACCUGCUUCAAUUUCGAUUAAAACUACUCCCGUUAGACCUACCACGCUGAUCACUAAGAAGCCGUCCGGCGUGUUUACUACCAUAACUCACAACAUUAGCACCGUCAUCUCAAACGUUCCCACCAACAAUGUGGUCUCGACCAGUUACAUCAGCGUCAACCUGAAGGACGGCACGAGCGCGAGACCGAUAAUCGAUGUCAGCACCGAGGCGAUCGCCACGGCAACCGGAAGUACCGGAAGUACCGGAAGUACGAAGAAUCGACCGAGCACGAAGAAACCUGUGAUUUGGACCACGGUCUCCUCGUGGUCGGGCAAGCCGACGUUCAAUCUGAAACCGUCGACGUCCAGCGUCAAUUGGCCAAACGAGAAUCUGACGCCGAUCAAUAACCUGGUAUUCAAGGAUACUCUGAAAGGAACCACCAAGUCCACUACCGCCGUGCCUUGCGAAGACGAGACUGCGGCGCCAGACGAUCUCAUCAACUUUCCGCCGGUGCGGAAUCCGAAUCUCAACAUCUCCAUACCGAACUUGCAGCAGGAAAAACCGACGAUCGUCGAGACGUACAACAACACCGGAUAUCCGGAUAUCGAGCUCAUCAGUGAGCAUGACAUCCCGACGCCUACGUUCGUCGAGGAUGACGUGCUGACGAACAAAGUGGACGCUUUCGUUAACAAACUCGUCGAGUCGCUGCAGGGCAGCUUUCAGAAUCUAAAAGACAUGGUGUACACUCGAAAUAGCACCGUAGAGACUUCAACAACGGCGUCUACAGCCGUAACAAAAAGACCGACCAGUGGAAGUACUACGACGAGAAAACCAACGCGAAAGACUACGACAAAACCGACAUCGUCAACAAGACCAUCGCCGUCAGCGACAACGAAGAGACCUUUGUCCGUAAGCACGAAGAGACCCACUCGUCCUACGCAGAAACCGUCAUCCGAAAAGCCAACACGUCCCACUAAAGUGACCACUCCGAGGCCUAAGCCGAGUAUAUCGCAGAACGUUACGACAAAGAGGCCUGCGGUAACGACGAGACGUCCGAAACCGACUAGAAAAGCGACGACUCCGCCGCCCAGCAGCACGGUGGCGAACGUUCCGUUGGAAGAACAGAAUCCGAAUACGACUGAAAGCAGCGUUGCCGAAACGGAUGUCGCGCCGGACUUUCGGAAUCAAUGCGGCGUGAGACCUUUGGUCUCGAGAUCGGGAAAAAUAGUCGGCGGAAAGGGCGCGCAGUUCGGAGAAUGGCCAUGGCAGGUUUUGGUCCGCGAGGCGACCUGGCUCGGUUUGUUCACGAAGAACAAAUGCGGAGGUGUGCUUAUCACCGAUAAAUAUGUGAUAACAGCUGCCCAUUGUCAACCAGGCUUUCUGGCUUCUCUGGUCGCCGUGUUUGGCGAAUUUGACAUUUCGGGCGAGCUGGAGACGAAGCGUAGCAUAACGAGAAACGUUCGCCGCGUCAUCGUGAACCGCGGUUACGAUCCUGCAACAUUCGAGAAUGACCUGGCGCUCCUCGAGCUAGAAUCACCGGUACAGUUUGACGAGCACAUCGUGCCGAUUUGCAUGCCGGACGACGGCAUCGACUUCACCGGCCGAAUGGCGACCGUCACGGGCUGGGGCCGACUUAAAUACAAUGGUGGCGUGCCGUCGGUGCUGCAGGAGGUCCAGGUACCCAUAAUGGAGAACUCGGUUUGCCAGGAGAUGUUCCAAACCGGCGGCCACUCGAAAUUGAUUUUAGAUAGCUUCCUCUGCGCUGGGUACGCUAAUGGCCAGAAGGAUUCUUGCGAGGGUGACAGUGGCGGUCCGCUGGUGAUGGAACGACCAGACGGCAGGUGGUUCCUAGUCGGGACCGUGUCUCACGGCAUUAAAUGUGCGGCUCCCUAUCUACCGGGUGUAUACAUGAGGACGACCUUCUUCAAGCCCUGGCUGCACAGCAUCACCGGAGUCUGAAGAGCCGGGCCGAUCGUCAUCUCACGUUCUCGCGUAAUGCGAGCGGCACCGGAUGCCAUUUUGUAUAAAUGUACAAAGGAAACUUAAUUUAUUUUCCCUCGAGAUAGAGCGUACGAAACUCACCCGCAGACGUAACAGGACUUAAAUGUCAGAGUUCUACAUCGAUUUCUGAAUAAUAACGAGACGCCCCGUUCUUUUAUGCAUCCGUGAUUUCACGUUUUCCAUUAGCGCAACGGAAAUAACACUUGCAUAAGCCACCAUUUAUACCGAGCAAGCUUUAUUGCUUUAUAAAAGCAGAAAGAAGAAAGAAAGAAAGAAAGAAGAAGAAGGAGGAGGAAGAGGAGAAGAAGAAGAAGAAACAGGAGACAAGUAUACCAACGUGAUGUCUUGAGUUAUUUAAAUUUCGAAAUAGAAUUCUUCGAGAAUUGUUUGCGGCGAAACACUGCUUCUCGGCGCAUAACCAGCGCCCGAUGUUGCAUUUAUGCGUAUCAAUGUUUAAAUUCGUCUUUAUGCACGUGUUUAUAUACUCGCAGAGUCUACUUUGGAUUUAGAAAGAAUAUCCAUCAGAAAUCCUUAUCAUUCUUGUAACGUCAGGUUCCUAUUACUUUCUUCCAUAACCGAAGAAACAGAUGCAAAUAAUUCACGAUUUGCGUCAAUGUUCUAUAUAACAAACUCCUUUUACUAGUUCGAAGCCGAUUUUUCUUUAAUAAAAAUCUUCAA